AUGCAGGCGUAUAAAGGCAGAGCUGGGUCUUCCCCUGGGACUCAGUCUGGGCCAGCCCCAGUGCCUUUUGGCCGCCGCACAGAAGAUCACAAGAAGCACGUCCAGGCCAUCCCGCUCCCAGCCAUGCAGCAGAACUUGAACUACAUGUACCCUCAGAUCUUCUGGGAGGAAGGCUGCACCAACCCCAGCACUUCCUGCCCCCCGGCACCCCCCGCUGCCCCCUUCCCACCGCCAGUGCCAGAUCGGAGGAAGAAGCCAAGGAACAACAGGGAAGAGAAGAGCGUUGGCUUCCUGGUGGUCUCCUUGCUCAUGCUGCUGUCUCUUGCUGGAGUUGGACUGAGCCUGUUUCAGAUUUUUCGCCUGGAGAAGGAACUGGCUCAACUCAGAGAGUCUGCCAGCACUGAACACAUCUCUCCAGCUCUGGAAAAACUCAUAGGGGAGAAGAGCGAGUCAAUGAAAAAAGAAGAGAGGAAAGCGGCACACUUAACAGGGAACCCCAAGCAGCAGGACCUCCCUUUGGAGUGGGAACCCGUAUCCGGACAUGCCUUCACUGCUGGUAUUCAGUACCGCAACCAGGGCCUGGUGAUCAACGAAACCGGCCUCUACUUCGUCUACUCUAAUGUGCUCUUUCGGGGGAGUACCUGCACCAGCCAGGUGUUGACCCAUGUUGUCUACAAGAAAAACCCAGCCUCCCCGGGCAACCAGGUGUUGAUGCAGGACAAGAAGAUCAACUACUGUGCCAACCAGAAGAUGUGGGCCCGGAAGAGCUACCUGGGAGCCCUGUUCAAGCUCAGGGAAAUGGAUAGUCUGCAUGUGAAUGUUUCCAGGACCACUCUGGUUAGCUUUGAGGAAUCGAAGACUUUCUUUGGCGUGUUUAAGCUUUAA